AUGUCUAUCAAUGACACCCAGUUCCAUCCACCCUUCUUUCACCUGCUAGGAAUACUACUGGAAACUGUGCAUAUCUGGAUUGCUUUUCCAUUCUGUAUUGUGUAUCUGGUUGCCCUGGUGGGGAACAUCAACAUUCUCUACGUGAUCAGGACUGAACAUCGUCUCCACCAGCCCAUGUUCUACUUCCUGGUCAUGUUGUCUAUGAUUGAUCUGGGCCUGUCCACCUCCACCAUCCCCAAAAUGCUAGGCAUCUUCUGGUUCAACCUCCAAGAGAUCAGCUUUGGGGGCUGCUUGGCUCAGAUGUUCUUUACCCACAUGUUUACAGGCAUGGAGACUGUUCUACUGGUGGCCAUGGCUUAUGACUGCUUUGUUGCCAUCUGCAACCCUCUCCAGUACACCAUGAUCCUCACCAAUAAAACCAUCAGCAUUUUAGCCUCUGUUGUUGGAAGAAAUUUAAUUCUUGUGACUCCAUUUGUGUUUCUCAUUCUGAGCCUGCCCUUCUGUGGGCAUUACAUCAUUCCUCAUACAUACUGUAAGCACAUGAGUCUUGCCCACUUGGCCUGUGCACCCAUCAAGGUCAACGUUAUCUAUGGGCUCAUGGUGAUAUCUAAUAUCAUUGUAGAUGUGAUUCUAAUUGCCUCUUCUUUCGUGCUGAUCCUCCAAGCUGUUUUCUGUCUUCCCUCUCAGGAUGCCUGACUGAAGGCUCUCAGUACUUGUGGUUCUCAUGUCUGUGUCAUGCUGUGCUUUUACACACCAGCCCUUUUUUCUUUCAUGACACACCGCUUUGGUCGUAACAUUCCCCGAUAUAUCCACAUUCUUUUCGCUAAUCUAUACAUGGUUGUCCCACCUGCCCUUAACCCAGUCAUCUGUGGAGUCAGGACCAAGCAAAUACGAGAGCAGGUUAUAAAGAUAUUUGUACAAAAAUAA